CAACUCAUUCUCUCUCACCUUCGCUCCUUGUCUAUAAUUCUCAGUUCUCAGUACUUUCUUCCUUCCUUCCUUUCAUCCUUCCUUUCUUCCUUCCUUCCUUCCUUCCAUCCUUCCCUUCUUUUUUUCGAAGACGCUAUAUCUUAAAACCAUCGCAUCUUCGCUCCCUUUCUAAUCGCUUCUUAUUACAACAUCCCACAGAAUGCUCUCUGAAUCGCAUAAACGAGGGUUUUGCAAGUUUUGUAAGGAAAAAGGCGUCCAGUGUGACAAGAAGAAGCCACGAUGCAGUGAAUGCGUUGCCACAGACAAGUCUUGCGGUGGCUACGAUAUGGGUCACAUUUUCAUCAAUGUCGACUCAUCAGGACCACCGGCCACGUGGAAUCGUGGCCAGAGCGCACAGAAACACCUCCUACUGGACUUGGCAUCACAGCCCGCGACUUCGCCACCCCAACACCUAGACAUGCUAGCUGCAUCUCUUCCUUCGACAUCCGAUGCCAUGUCUCUGGGCUCGGUGGAUGCCUCGAAGGCCAUACUCGCCCUUGCGAAUCUCGCAGAUCUCCACCAUCUGGUCGAGCUUUUCCUGGACCUCUAUCUAAGGCGUUACGGGCCUGGAAAGACAGUUGUGGACCCACUUACAGCCGGUAAUGAAUGCGGGGGCUGGAGACUAUUGCUUCCUUCAUGGUUGGGACGAUCUGAGAUUUUGGAUACCGCUAUCGGGGGAAUGGUCGCUUCCUUCAUCGGCGCACAGUACCAAGACGUGGCUUUGUCUAAUCACGGAGGGAACAUGUACCUGAACGCUCUGCAGAUGGUCCAGAAAGCGCUGCCAGAGCUCGGCGCCUCUGAAAGAAAACACCUGCUAGCGACGACCUUGGUAAUGAGCUCUACGGAGCUGUUCAUGUCCAAUGGAGGCGGAUCGAGCCAACUGACCCAUAUCGAGGGCGCGACUCGCCUGCUCAAUCUCUCGCUGGACAGCAUGGAUCUUGAAGAGCUGCACAUUUAUAUCGUAAACCAAGGCCUGUUUGAAGCGAUAUCGAGCAGGCGUUGUUACCCCUGCUCGUCUUCAGGGUUUCGCCAUCUAGCACGCCAGAUCUACUCGGUGCCCCGGGCGAACCACAACGACUUGUACUUCCAGUGGUGCGAACGGAUUCUCCCUCUACCUAACAUUCUGAACACUGCCGAUACUGUCGUCUCAUCCACUGCACCAGCGCCCAUUUCCGCUGUCCUGGCUAUCCUGGACGACUUGGCCACACUCGAACAGGCCAUCGCACCUUGGUACGAGCUCCUUCAAUCCAGCAUGUCCACUCCAUGGACAUUCCCCGCUGCACAAGUCAGCACAGACUCCGUCCCAUUUCCCCUUCAGUUCACCUCGAUCGAAGCCUGCACCAACUACUGCCUGUACUGGAUAUCGCAACUCCUCAUUCUCGAAGCCCGCCAAAUGGUAUACGCACGGCUACCUCCCUCCGAGAUCCCCGAGCACAACACACUGCAGCCGCGCAUCUCGGAGUACGCGUCGCUAGUCUGCCGCUCCGUGCAGUACUGCGCGCACAACACGUCCUACGCUGCCACGGAAAACAUGUUCCUGCCGCUGGACGUGGUCUCGAGUUACUAUGUCAGGCAGGGCGACCACGAGCGUGUGAGCUGGUGUAUCAGUGCGUUUGCACGCAUGAGCCUGGAGCAUAAGAUUGGGUUUGCGAAGAAGAAGAUGGAGAUGGUUGGUGUGAGGAUUGGGGAUAGUGCGUGUGAUCCUGAAGUCUUGCCAGAUCGGCUAGAAUAUCGUUUUGCACAGCGAUGUCGAACCCACCGCCAGUCCUCGCCGGGUGCUUCCGCGAUGGCACUCACCGGCCCUCGCACGGCGCUCAGCUCAGGCGAGCCAUGCUCCGUUUCGUCUGGGCUCAGAAAGAGUAGACGUUCGGCGUGCACGCUAGGGCCCGUCCAAGGGUCGGUGCUCGGAUUUGCCACUCAGCCGAACGAUCGACCCACGACAGCACACGCGGCAGCGCCGAGGACGAGGCCGGCUGCCGCUCAUUAGAGAGACGCGGACCCAAUGCUACCGUAGCAAACGGAUUCGAUUAUCGUUUUUUCCAUGCAGGUGGACUGCGAAUGGAAAUGCGGCAAGGCACCGGUGAGGUACCGCAGGCGGAGUGUAGAUGGUUGCCGGAUUGGGAUCAUGGCGAGGCGUGGGCGUGGUUGGUUGGUUUCUUAGUUGGAGGUACUGCAUAG